AUGAAACUACCUUUUCUUACAUUCACCCUACUAGUUAUUGAAGCAUGUUGUGUAAUGAAAAUGAUAAAGAUACAAGGAACUGUGGCUAGAUCUCCGGAUAUGAGGAUGUAUUCCCAUGAAUCUGUGGAAGAUUGUAUUUCAACAUGCUUCUCCGAUACCGAGUGCAUCUUUGUUAUUUAUUUCGAUAACUUUCUGGGCAGCUGUGCAACAUGGACAGCAGCCACCGAGUAUCUGACUGUCGUAGAGAACAAAGACGAUAGCUAUGUGGCAUUUAAGGCAUGUCAAAGUAAUAUUCACAACAAGACAACUGUAAGAUAAAACAGGUAAACCUACCAAACAACACGUGCCCAGUUUCUUACAAGGACUUGAAUUUCUCAAUUACGACAGGCACAGGAGAUACCUACAUUUGGAAGAAAAAUGACACUGCUUGGCACUUUUAUGGGUGUCGAGAAGAAUGGAAAAAAUUUGAACGGGCUGAUGACACGGUGGUCUGCAUGAAAACGAACGCUACUCCUGAAAUAACCAUCGAUGAUGCGAGGAAAGCAUGUGAAGAGCAAAAUUCUGUGUUGACUGGAGUGGCGUCAGUGGAGGAGAGCACAUGGAUACGAGGUAUGCAAAGAUGUAGAGCAUUGCAACCUUAAAUUAAUUCAGAAGUUGUCAAAACCUUGGCACCAAAGUCAGGGGACAACUAUGGUUUCUGGAUAGACGGCAAGAGGGAUUGUACCACUGAGCCGUGUAAUACAUUUUACUGGACCGACGGAUACACGACGACUUUCGAUGCAUUAAAAGAACCUAAUUCUAUAGUGUCAUCGGAAAAAUACCAAGGAGCCUGGAAAGAUUGCUUGACAAUUGCUCCGUUGAGUUCUGGUGCAGCGAUCAAUGACAUGUUAUGUGAUACUAAGAAUAUUCUUGGAUUUGUGUGUGGCUAUAAAUC